ACUAAGUUUUACUGAAAUGAAUAUUGUUCGUCUUCGGCUGUACUAGUUAUUCCGAAACAUAAAAAAACAUGUAGUACACGACAACUAUAUGACAGGUCAUUCUGAAACGCGUUCCGGGUUGUCCCAUGGCUGUAUCGUCAGCGGUUUAGGACAUGCCCGGAAACACGUGAAAAUGAGCAGUGAUAUAAAAGAAUGUGAGGCUGAGCCAGCAGGUCGCCGAAUCUUGGCACAGUUAAAGAGUGAGACUGGCGAAAUUACUGGCAGUGCAUUUGAUCUUCCUGUCGAUAUCACAGUAGACAAAUUACAGCUGAUUUGUAAUGCUCUCCUUCAGAAGGAGGAAAAAGUUCCAUAUUCAUUCUUUGUACAUGAUAAAGAAAUAACAGAGAAGCUUGAUGCUACCCUAGAUGAGAAGAUAUUAGAAAGUUCAGAACAGGUGUUAGAUAUCAUAUACCAGCCACAGGCAGUGUUUCGAGUACGGGCUGUUACACGAUGUACCAGUUCUAUACCUGGCCAUGCAGAGGCAGUCAUUGCUGCACAGUUCAGUCCAGAUGGCAGGUACUUGGCUAGCGGUUCAGGUGACACAACUGUACGAUUUUGGGAUGUAAACACAGAAACUCCACAGUUUACAUGUAAAGGACACAAACAUUGGAUACUUGCUAUAGCCUGGUCACCAGAUGGUAAGAAAUUGGCUUCAGGAUGUAAAAAUAGUCAGGUUUGUAUAUGGGAUCCAGUGACUGGAAAACAGAUAGGAAAAACUUUAUCACUUCACAAACAAUGGAUAACUUGGUUGGCAUGGAAACCAUUACAUCUAGAUACAGAAUGCAGAUUUUUAGCAAGCUCAUCAAAGGAUGCAACCGUACGAAUUUGGGACACAGUUUUAUCCCAAUGUACAGUUUGCAUAUCAGGACAUUUACAGUGUGUAACUUGUGUGAAAUGGGGCGGUACAGACCUUCUAUAUACAGCUUCACAAGACAGGACAAUAAAAGUUUGGACAUGUGAUGGUAUGUUAUGUAGGACAUUACAAGGGCAUGGUCACUGGGUAAACAUUCUAGCACUGAGCACAGAUUAUGUAAUGAGAACAGGGGCUUUUGACCCAAGGAAUGCUGAUUUAGUGUAUAGAGAACAAACUACAACCAGUGAAGCAGUACAGCAGAAUGCAUUGCAGAGAUACAAUGAUGCUAAUGGUGCUGGACCCGAGCGGCUUGUUUCUGGCUCAGACGAUUUCACACUGUUUCUAUGGUCACCAGAGAAAGAUAAGAAACCGGUAGCAAGAAUGACGGGACACCAGCAACUUAUAAAUGAUGUACGGUUCUCUCCAGACACUCGGUUACUUGCUAGUGCUUCAUUUGAUAAAUCAGUAAAACUAUGGGAUGGACGAACAGGGAAAUUUUUGACAACAUUGCGUGGGCAUGUGAGUCGUGUAUACCAGGUGUCAUGGUCGGCAGAUAGCAGACUGUUAUGUAGUGGCAGCUCAGAUUCCACAUUGAAAGUGUGGGAAGUGAAAUCUAAAAAACUUCUGUUUGAUCUUCCUGGACAUGCUGAUGAGGUAUAUGCGGUAGACUGGAGUCCAGAUGGACAGAGGGUUGUUAGUGGUGGAAAAGACAAGGUUCUGAAAAUAUGGAGAAAGUGAAGGGGAAUAGACUUUUGUAGAUGCAAUAAAGGCCCGGAUGUUACUACGCUGAACUUUCAGUUUACAUCAACUUAUUUUACAGUCAGCAUCUGAAAGCUGUUAAAUGACUUUAGUUCUGGUGGUGUGACUUCAAAUGCAAAUAACAAACAUACAAACGGCAAAAUUGAGAAUAAUUUGUACCAUGUCAAAAACUGAAACAUUGAAAUAGUCUUGUCAUUUUCAGCUGGCAUUUUUGAGAUGACACAACCUGUUAUGUGA